AUGGUGCUCAUUACACAUUGCAUUGACGAAACUGAACCAGACAAAAACACUGGUGCAUCCAUUCCGGAUAAACUGUCCCGAAAUGAACCUCAAGGGAGAGCCCAGUGUGUCCUCUGGUAUCAGGAGGCACAGUCACCAAAAACAGUCCAGAGAAAAUUCCAGACUGACUCCUUGGGACUUCUGCAGCGUAACAGUACGUAUGCAGAUGUUCUUCAAGGAAGCUUUCUUGAAGCUUAUCGCAACCUGACAUACAAACAUGUGAUGGGACUGCAGUGGGCUGUACAUCACUGUCCACAAGCACGAUUUGUUAUCAAAAUGGAUGAUGAUAUUGUAGUGAAUAUGUACAAACUUUCUGAAAUAAUUUCAUAUAUUUCUGAAUCUCAGAGAAAGGAUCUCCUUAUGGGUUAUGUACUUAAGGGGAUGGUUCCAGUUCGAGAACCUGCUAACAAAUGGUAUGUGACCCAUGAGGAAUUUGCUGGUAAUAUGUAUCCCCAGUUUCUAUCAGGAUGGAUGUACAUAACCACACCUCCAGUGAUAAAUAAACUGCUUUCUGCAGCUCAGAAGGAAAAAUUCUUCUGGAUAGAUGACACUUUUGUCACGGGUAUUCUUGCCCAACAAGCAGGUGUUGAAGGCUAUAGAAAUAUAAGCAACAUGUUUACAACAGAUCCUGGUUAUCUGGAGUGCUGUCUCAGACACUCAGAUGUGUACUGUGAUUUUAUGGUUGGUCCAAGUGGAGGUGAUUACAGUUUACAAAUUAGAUUAGCUAUGCAUGCUAAAAGAUGUCUUGAUAUGGGAUCUUGCAAGAACAGAAGCCCUCAAAAUGCACUGAGAAGGACCUGUGUAAAUAAGGGAAGGCAGCAGCUACCUCUUUCUGGUGGACAAGGCUAUGUCGCUGAAGUAAAAAUAGGUUGAUUUUUUUCAGUGAAAGUGUUUGUUCACUGAUGGAUUUUCAAUUAACUGAUACAAACAGAUCUGUUUUACUGAGAUUCUGGCUUGAUGCUAUUAUAGUGUGUGUAUUUUAAUAAUAGAUAUAAAAUUUCUGUAUAUGCAUACUAAUAUUUUGUCAUGAAAUAUAUUUUAUACAAUUUUACAUAACAUAAUCAAUAAUUCCAUUUCAUGUACCUUUACUUGCAAAGGAAAAAAUGUACAUAUAGAGAGAGAACAUACAGGUAGAUUAAAAAAAUUGUAGUUAACUGAUGGCAGCAGACUGACAAAGACGGACAAUGUCUGGACAUACUGAUAGAUGUGCCAUGUGAAAAUACAUUUUAUUCAAUACAA